AUGAAGGACAUCUUGGAAAAGAAUUAUCCUAAAACAGAGCAAAAUCAGCAGUCUUUUGGCCUGAAACAGAUUGCAGAAACAGUCAACAGCUGCGGCACUUGCCGAUGCAACAAGAAUGCCCAACAGAACGAACCUUUACUACCACAUGACAUCCCAGAUCAGCCAUGGAUGAAGCUUGCCACAGAGCUGUUUCAAUUGCAAGGCAAAGACUACCUCCUCGUUUGCGAUUACCAUUCAAAGUAUUUUGAGGUCUGCAAGCUAGACACAACCACCAGCAGCCAUGUGAUCACACAGCUCAAAAUCAUCUGUGUGCGACAUGGCGUUCCUGUGACUUUGAUCUCCGGCAAUUGGCCACAAUUUUCAUCAUGCCAUUUCAGAGUCUUCACAACACAGUGGAACAUUCAGCUGGUCACAACAAGCCCUAAUUUCCCAAGAGCCAAUGGGUUUAUCGAAAGGAAUAUUCAGACAGUAAAAAAGCUGCUCAAGAAGGCCAAGGAAAGCGGGGAAGACACAAAUCUCGCCACCCUGAACUACAGAACAACACCCAAAUCAAAUUCGAAAUCUCCUGCAGAGUUGUUUAUGGGCAGGAAAUUAAGAAUCCUGCUGCCGACUAUGUCAACCAAAAGCAAGACAAACUGUAACAGAAAAGUGAAGCAGAGGCAUGACCAGAAUGCCCACAAGUUACCAGAGAUGAACCCUGUGACUUUAUUAGGUACAGGUGUAAUUGUACAUGGGAACCAGAACAAGUGA